AUGGCGGGCGCUCCAAGAGCAGCUUCCCCGUUUACCCAGAAAGAUGGCGGGUUCGGGUCAGCAGGACGUGGACGUGGUAACGGAUCAUCCGCGCGCGGCAAGCCCUACCAGGCCGGAGUUCCCGGUGCGUCGCGCGAGUUCAAACCCCGUGGACGCGGACGAGGGUCAACAGAACCGAGAGGUGGUCGUGGUCGUGGGCGAGGCGCCGGCGCCGGGCCUGGGCACAACACCUGGCGCAAGCCUGAAACAGCCACAGCGACCUCCAUUGAGACUAGCGGAUCGACUAUUGCCUCGCCUUUCGCGCCGUUGAAGCAGAACAAGCCCGCGUCCUCUGCCUUUGGUCAACCUUCGCAGCCACAGCCGUUUGCUUCGGGAUUUGGGAAAGCGUCCCCUGCGCCAUCCGCCGUGCACUCAACUUUCGAUGGGACUAUGGUAGAUGCGAAUAGGGAUCCUCGAAAACGGUCCGCGCGGAGGGGACCGGUGAUGACUAUCAACGGCACUGGCGAGGUGCCCGUCGAAGAUCUCUCGGUCUUGAACAGCUACAAUGAGCGAUAUGAGCAGCUGAAAGUCGAUCGCGCGAGAGAACGAGAAAGAGCUAUCAAAGCAGGACAGAUGGCAGACCCCAAUCAGCCAACCAAUUUGAACCAAGCGAUUACGCCAGUCGGUACAUGCACGAGCAUGUGCCCGGAGUUCGAACGGGUUGAGCGCAUUGUACAGAAGAUGGUCGACAAGAGUGAGAAGUACCUCCACCCUUCCACAGGCUCCUUACAAAAUAUGGAGACGAAAAUGCUCAAGCGCUUCCGGAGAUCAGCCGCUGGGUAUGACGAGCAACUGCCAUCGGAUAUUCGAACGCCGAAGACCCUUCUUCAGUCUAUGAAUUACCUAAUUCGACAUGUUCUGGGCGGAACCGAGCCUCUAGGGAUUAUCCACAAGUUCGUGUGGGAUCGGACUCGAUCAAUUCGUAACGACUUUUCAGUCCAACAACUUACGCAAGAAGAUGAUGUUCGAAUAGCGGUUACUUGUCUUGAGAGAAUUGCCCGGUUCCAUAUCGUGUCUCUGCACCUACUGUCCAGCCCGGCAAACGAGGAGCCAUUUGACCGCCAUCAGGAGCGCGAACAACUGAACAAUACCAUGUUGUCCCUGAUGUAUUACUACGACGAUAACCGGGACCGCAUUAAAUUUCCGAACGAAGACGAAUUCCGCGCGUAUUACAUUGUCUUCUCGAUCCACGACCAGCGACCAGACCUGGAGGCUCGUGUCCAGAAAUGGCCCGCAGAACUGCGGAACUCACCGCAGGUCCAGCUCGCGCUGGAGCUACUUGCUGCUGCUGGAAAUACCUGGGAAUACCAAGGCACCCUCGAUGCGAAAAGACCGAAUGCUAUCGCCCAAGGUUUCUACGCCCGGUUUUUCAGCUUGAUCGACUCGCCCGCCGUGUCGUACUUGCUAGCUUGUGUUGCGGAGAUCUAUUUCAACCAUUUACGGCAAACUGCUAUACGGUCUAUUUGGAAGGCAUACUGCCGUGCCCCUGCAUCGCAGCAGCAUAAGAAUGAAGAAUGGACCGUCGAUGAACUCACAACGGUGCUAUACUUUGAUGACAACAGCCAAACGAUCCAAUUCUGCGAAGAGCAAGAUCUAACCUUUGCCGAAAACGCAAAUGGUGAACUCUACCUCAACUGGGGAAACCGGCCUGUUGACUCCAUCGCCUUUCAACCGUCGUCGGAUCACUCGUUCUCGGAGAAGUACGUCGAGUCAAAACGUGGGGGAAGAUCAAUGGUUGCAAUCAUCCUUGGUUUAAGCAUCAAAGAAGCAGCGAACCUGGGGAUGAUUGAUAUCUCCCUCCUUUCCGAACGCAUUUCGGCAAUACCAUCUAAUGUCGAGAGCACCAUGGAAGAUGACGCUCUGUUCGUGAGUGAUGAGGAUAAUGAGACUCCUGCCCCAAUCACACAACAAAACAUCAUCACUCAGGAUGGACCUUCUCCUGGCCUUUUCAAUCCGUUUGGUGCGCCGCCACCAGCACCCAGUGGCGAAGGAACGGCAUCCGCGGCAAGCAUUUUCUCUCAGACGACAAGCACAUUCCAACAGCCUGCGACGUCACAGCCAUUUUCGACAUUGUUUUCUUCUACAACUACUUCUGCUGGAAACCCAGCUACACAUGCCCCCUCCCCGAACCCGUUCGCCUCCUUGUUUUCUUCGUCCAAGGAGGCUCCGGUGACAUCCCACCAGCCGUCUCCUUUCCCUUCUGCCCCAUCUCAUCAACAACCUGCGUCUAUAUUUGGUACCCCAGUAUUCGGGGCACCGUCUCAGACAGAAACGAAAGAACCCAAACAAACUCCUGCGCCACCACCUGCGGCCCCAUUCUCCAACAUUUCGAAUGUUUUCAAGCCUGCGACAACAUCUGUAUCUCCUCCAUUCGCUACAACAACUACCUCGCCAUUUUCUCAGGCAACCCAAAUGCCUGCGCCACCGGUCGAUAAACCGGCAGCAAGUAUCUUUGAUUCGACCAAAACGCCUGCUUUUGGAUCUUCGAGCUCGAUUUUCAGUAUUUCUGGCUCGGCUACUGCAUCGUCGCCGGAGCCUCAGCCAGACCAGAAGCCCGCACAGGAGACAUCCUCUCAGCCUUUUACCUUCCCGUCGAUCGCUCCAAAGGCAGAUGCAAUUGCGGCAAAUCAAGAAAAGCCGCUGUUUCCCUCGCAGCCAACGACUGGGAAGCUGGGCGCUGUUUUCGCGCAACAGGCAGCGGAUGCAUCCCACGCAAAAGUGAGCCCUCCGGGCGAUCAACCAUCUCCAGGUUCAGAUAAGCUGGCGCCAACUAAGCAAGCUCAGCUGGCGAAUGGCACUAUGCCGGAAAGCGAAGGCACUGCGCCACAAUUGUCUACGACAACGACCGAUGAGGGAGUUUCCGAGUCUGGCAAGCCCGCGGAAGCGGAAACCGCCCAAGAGGCUCCAUUAGCAAUCGAGUCGGCCCCUGAAGAACCUCCAGCCCCCCCCGAAGAACGUGCUGGUCAUGUUUCGUGGAUAGAAUCUUUGAAAGCGGCAGCAGAAAACCGACGACGGACGUCUUCUGUCAGUCGGAAACGUGGCCUAGACGAUCAAGGACCAGAGGCUCCCAUCGAAAGUGGUGCAAAGCCUGCGAAAGUAUCAAAGCCAGAGGCGUCUGUUGCGCGGAAGAAAAAGUCUAUGGCUUUGUCGUCUAUCAAGCCUCUUCCGAAAUUGCCCAUUCUAGAGCAGGUUGAGUCUCUUACGGCCAAAAAGCCAGCAGAGAAACCCGAACCACCGAAGCCAAGCCAAGUGGACGAAGACGAAAUUCUACUGUCAGCAGCCCGCAUUGCUGCUGAGUCACUGAGAAGCGGCCCCAGGCUUAUGGACAGCUGGACUACACCCCCGGACACACGUCGAUCGUCUUUCAGCCCUCGGGGUAGUUUUGGAUCCCCCAUGGCCUUUUCACGAAGCCAAUCCCCGCAUUCUUCAUCUGUGCAUGGAUAUGAUCUCGCUCUUGCACCCGACACCGAUCUUGGCCUGGGCCGGACAUUGUCUCGAACCGAACAAAGACUGCGACUUACUGGAGGCAAAGGUCUGGCUUAUAAACCGCUAGACUUUACACCAAAGAAGUUCCGAAAGUCGAAAUAA